AUGAUCUUGGAAAAAAUCGAGAAAAUUGAGCAGAAACUAGAACGCAAAAUUGAUGAUAUAUCUCUCGAAGUAUGCAAAUUUCAAGAUGCCAACAGCUUUGCAUUAACAUUGUCACGAGCGCAUAUCUCUUUUAUUAAAGAUGAAAAUGUACAGCUAAAAGCGGAAAAUGACUAUUUAAAAAAAGAACUGGAAAAUGCUACUCUUGUAAUGUCGGAUCUCAACGAGCAUGUAAAGUUGAUGGGAGAAGAAAAACAGAGCUUAAUUACUGCAUUGAAAAUUCUGCAAAACAAUGAAAUUGGUGAUGGCAGGAACAAAAGAUGGCAUAUUGCAUCGGAUAGAAAACAACAGAAGGUCCCACAGUUCAAACCAAUCGAAGUAUCAACUGAGAGUGAAGACAAUUAUCUUUCAACAAACAGAUAUUCGGAACUUACAGAUGAAGCCCUAUUAAACGAGCAACAACUCGAAGAGACAACCCAAAAAAACGAGCAACAAGUUAAAGUGAUAUCCCAGCCAAGGACUAACCAAACAAACAUGCCGCGGGGUCAACAAUCAAGUAAACUGCCUGGUCAAAAACCAAGCAGACGCAAAGCCAAAGAUAGCGAUCAACGGGAACAACAAACCGAACAAAACGGUCCCAACGUGCUUCCGAAUUUAAGGGAAACAAAUCAAACUGACAAUCGUAAUCGAACAGAUAGCGCAGCAGCAAAAUUAUCCAAGCGAGACCUGAACAACAACAAUUCAAAACAUGACGAGCGAAAACCAAUACUAAUAAUUGGCGACUCGAUUAUAAAGCACAUUGAUCCAAAUAAAUUAUCUCGAAGAACGGUGCAUAAAUUCACCUAUCGCGGAAAAACAUGUGAAGAAAUUAGUGAAGCUAUUGACAAUACCCAGACAAAGAUUGACCCAUCUCAUGUUAUUAUCCAUUGUGGUACAAAUAAUCUACCCAUCGACUCUGCUGAGGUUUGUGCUACUAAAAUUAUAAAUUUGGCUAUGAAAGUAAGAAAUAAAUUUCCUAAUGCUAAAGUCGGAGUGUCGGGACUAACCUAUAGAGAAGACGUCUCAGUGAACCCAAUACGCGUUGAAGUUAAUGAAAAACUCAAAAAUUUAUCAGUAAUUCACGAAUUUUCUUAUAUAGAUAACUCAAAAAUUGAUAAUACUUGCUUGAAUAAAAGCAAGUUGCAUUUAAACGAUAAAGGGACAUCAUUAUUGGCGGUUCAUUUCAUAAAAUUUGUAAGGGGACUUGCUAGUAACAGCAGACGAUCUAGUGAUCGGGACAAGGGUUUUCAAAUGGUACUGUGCAAACAGCUGGGGGAAAUGCUUAUGAAAAUAGGGAACCUGAGACUAACAUAACCCUGCAGGAAAAUACAGAAAUAUUUAGCCAACAUGGUUCUACUGGGGACAGUGGUAAAGUACCGCUGCAUAGCAUCGCUAACAUCAAAGGUUUUAAGCUUGCUUGUAUUAAUAUAAAUAGUUUAUAUAAACAUAUUGAUGAGAUUCGCUAUAUUUUGAUGUCUAGUCCCUUGGAAGUGCUAGCUAUUAAUGAAUCCAAACUUGAUAAUACUAUCACUGACGGAGAAAUACACAUCCCCGGUUACGUUAUAAUAAGAAAAGACCGAAAUAGACAUGGUGGAGGGGUAGCUAUAUAUAUUAAAGAGAAUAUAUCUUGCUCAGCUGGACAUGAUCUUGCCCCUGCCCAACUAGAAAUGGUCUGUGUAGAAAUUAAUCUUCCAUAUAACAAAUCGUUUUUGGUUAUAGUACAUGGUACAGACCGCCAAAUGCAAGUAUAA